AUUAUUAUUUUUCCGAACAUUUCUUCACCUCUUUCUAGCGUCUCAUCUCUCGACUCCUCUCUCUCUCACCGAUCUCGGCCGACGGCGACACUUUCAGCUGCACGCCUGCCGCGACGUCGACGUCGACCUGCCAGCUCCUCUGUCCCUUGCUCUUAAUCUCAGCAGCUACCUCACGUGACUGAAAUUUUGUUCGGAAUUUUUCGAACUAAUCUGUUUUGGUACGGCAUUAUUGUGGUGUCUAGGCUCUGUUAUAGCUCUGUCACUGCCAUGUCGCUGGUAGUAGUUAUCAGUCUUUUAACGAUCGGUGUUGUGCUGAUACGUGUCAUUUACGUGAUAUGCCAAAGUGGUAAGCCUUUGAAAGGAAAACGCAGUGAACCAGUCAGUACCCUGAUUGUCUUAGGUUCAGGAGGUCACACUGCUGAGAUGCUGAACCUGUUAGCUGUGUUGCAAAAGGAAAGGUUCUAUCCAAGAUACUAUAUUGCGGCUGCUACUGACAAUAUGAGUCUCCAAAAAGCUCGCUCAUUUGAGUCCUCCUUAGUUAACGAGACUAGACAUAAGGUGGCAGAAACUUCUCAGUUUAUGCAAAUCUAUCGAAGUAGGGAAGUCGGCCAAUCAUAUAUAACUUCUAUUUGGACAACUUUACUAGCAAUGGUUCAUGCACUCUGGCUAAUGAUUAAGAUUAGACCUGAAGUGAUCCUCUGCAAUGGUCCCGGGACUUGCAUUCCUCUUUGCGUAAUCGCCUACUUAUUCAAGAUUAUUGGGAUUAGAUGGUCAUCUAUUUUUUAUGUUGAAAGUAUAGCAAGAGUGCAAAGGCUAUCUCUUAGUGGCUUGAUUCUUUACAAGUUAAACAUUUCUGAUCAGUUCUUUGUGCAAUGGCCACAGUUGCAAAGAAAAUACCCCCGAGCUCACUAUGUUGGAUGUCUAAUGUAGUGUGAUCAAAAUUUUGAGUUUGCUAAGCUACUCAAAGGUUUUCAAGUUCUUUCUCUCACAUAAGAUUUUUGGCUCCCAUUGAGAAGCAUUUAUUUCUCGCAUGAAGUAAAUACAAAUAGACUAUGACAUGUAUGUAUGUACAACAGAAAUUAACAAAAGAAUUAUCUGUGUUAUGCUAAGAUAUGAAAAGGAGGACCAUUAUGAAAUUGAUGGGUGAAUUAGAGAAAAGGGUCUUAAUAACUCUAGUUCGUUGAUAGAAUUAAAGCAUUUUUUCUUGGGAGAGUUGGCUGUCUCUCGAAUACAAGCCAUUGUGGAGAGUCGGCGAUCUCUUGAACACCAGCCAUUUUCUUACUGUAAUGUUCUGGUAGUUUCUUCAGUAAAACACUUUUUCAUCAUCUUCUGUAGUUUGUUCUUAUAUUUUCUGUACAAGUCUAAUGGAUCCAAUCAUUUGUGUCAUUGAAAAAUGUAACAGUAUCGUUUAUUGUACCACUUAUUUUUUUUUUAUUAAUAUAUAUAUAUAUAUAUAUUUUGUCUUUUUUCUUUCUUGAAAAAUUAAAAAUGAAAAACUACUCUCCUCACCUAGAGAGACUUGAAGAUUAGAUCUUGUGGGAACAAAUCACAUGCUUUAAUUGUUUAAGCUACCUUUGGUUACUUGGUUACAGUUUUGCAUAUUUUAGUAACAUUUUUUAAAGUACCAAGGAAUGAAGCAAGCUUGGUAAGUGAGAAGCAAGUUGCAAUAAUGCUCCCAUUCAGUUUUAUCUUUCCUCCUUUUUCUUAAUACAAUAGUAUUGCUAAUUUGCUUCUGUAUUUAUUUGUUUGACCAGGGUGAUUUUCUUCAUCAGCUUACUGAGCUGGUGAAAGGAGAAAGAUCUUUUGGUGGAUGAUAUGUUCGGCACACUUGGUGCCCAACAGAAGAAAAACAACAAGAAAAUUCUAGGUACGAACCGAAGCUUAUUCCUCACUCACUAUUGAGCUAGCUUGUGACUUGUUAAAAAAAUUGUAACAAAAUAAGAUUGGAAAACUAUUUUGGGGUAAAAUUGUGUUUUUUUUUUUGAUGCUUCAAUGUGUAUCUGGUGCUGUUCAUUAGUUGGGUUAGGCUGGUUGGAGGAUCUUUCUCCAUUCAAUCCCAUAGUUGGGUUGCAUCUGCCAAUUUGAAACUCACCCAACCAACCAAAAUUUAUGUUAUAAACUUGUAAUUAGGUAGCGUUUGGUUUAGAGGAAGGAAAAUAUAGGCAUAUGAAUGAGAAUAAGAAUAAGAAUAAAAUAGAAUCUAACUUAAUAUGUAUAAAAAAAAUUGAUAAAAAAAUUAUUAUUUUUUUUAUCUUGUAUUGGAAUGGUUAUUCCUUCCAUUUCAAAAUGAAAUAGUCAUUCCACAAAAAUGAUGGAAAAACCAUUCUAAUAGAAUAACAUUCCGAUACUUUAAAAUGCAACCAAACAAAUGAAUGGAAAUAAAAUGGUUUUAUUUCCAUUCCAUUUCAUUAUCUCUAACCAAACGCCACCUAAAUUCUUUCAAUCUUUAAAUUCAGUACAAAGUGAUUGAAAUUCAGUGCAAAUGAGGAGAGGAGAAGAUUACUUCUAGGGGCACAAUUGGUACGUGGUAUAAUAUUGCUUUUGUACCAGUAUUAUUUUAUGUUAUAUUGUAUAUUUUUUAGUAUUAGUAUAAUAUUACAUAGAACUUUAGUACAAUAAAUUAUUCAUUCGUUCUCAAUAUAUAAUAAUAAUAUAAAAAUUCUGAUGAGAUUGGGAGUGAAGUAUAUCGGGAAGAAGAUCUUCUCUAAACAAGACUUGCGGACAAAGCUUUCAUUCUUUAAGUGGAAUGAUAUAGAAGACAAAAAUAUAAUCAUAGUCAUAUUGAUAUUUAUAUUCUACACUGCAAAGCAAUUUUAUAUAAACCUAAAUGAGCAUACUAUUAUUGCAUGACAAAUAGAAGACAAAACUAUAAUGCCCAUUACAUUUGAUUUUUGUUUUAUAAACUUAUUCAAAUGGAAUAUCUUACAUAUUGAUAUUUUUGUAUUUAUGUAAACUAAUAAGAAAACAAGCUAGUUGAUUAAUUCAACUAUUGAUCUCUUUCACUCUCUGUGGUGAACCAUUGCUUAUUGGAUUUUCAUUCUUGGAACUGUAACUGUCAAGAUAGUUCUGAUAAGCAUAUGAAACAAAGCCCCAAGUAGCCAAAACCAUAGCCAUAGCUUUGAUCCCAUCCAUCUUUUCAUGGAAGAAAAAGACAGCCAUAACCGGGACAAUAGGUAAACCCAAAACACUUAUGACAUUAGAGAAGAGAGAAGAGACUUCUAGUAUUAAACCCACCGUUCCAAUUAAGAAAAUUUGCCAUGUUAUGGCUAUCCAUAAUAAUGUCAUGACAUAUGAAACUUUCCCAAGUUCAAACUCAUUCAUUUCUUCCCUCAAAGUUGACCACU